UAAUUUGUAGGCAAUGGUCUCAACAUGACUAACAAACGAGGGACAACACAAAGUAGUCCUAAUUUUAGAAACUCCACCAAUAACAGGACUGCAGACUCAGAAACUGUUCCAAAUUCGGUGGCAAGACGGAGAUCUCAGAUGGGCUCUUCAUUUUCAUCUUCAAGACGGAACACCCUGAGCAAUGCGGCCACGUCCCGUGAGCAAGAGCCGGGGAGCAGUGCAGGAGGAGUUUCUAACGUGUACAGUACUCGUUACUCACGUCGCUCCCUCAACCAGCCACAGAGAGUUGCCUCGGUUACCCGGUACAAUCGCCUGGGCAGGCGGCAUACUACCACUGCUUCAAGUUCUACAAGUGCUGUCAGAGAGUCUCCUGAUCAAACACCAGGUCCCCGGAGAUCAGCUAGAAUAAGUUCCCGGCUCAUAGAACGGAGAUUGUCCACAACUAUACCCUCUCCUCUUCUAUCUAACACUAUAUCUAACCCUUCCGAACCUGUAUCCCCAGCCUCAGAGGAGCUCACACCCACCGGGAUGCCGAGUGUAACAUCGUCCCCCUUUUCCCUGCCCAGUCGGCCAGUCUCCGGCCGGGUAUCCAGCGCUAGUCGCCCUUCUUCCGCCGCUUACAACUCCGACUCUAUGGAGGAGGGGUGGCAGUGGCGCGAGUUCACAAACUCGCCCGUGGUCGACUGGAGAUCAGAGCACGGCACCCCGCUACCCCCAAUACCACACUCCACGACACCUCCCACUGCAACAACCACACCGCCUCCCGCCACUCAUCCUACCUCCGUACAGCCAGAACCUAACACUGACCACCAGGCAGCGACAAACGACACCCCUGACACUGAUAUACAGUCCGUGGAGAUCGUCCGUGUUGUCCCUCAUCGUCUUAUCGAGAUUCCAGAGAGUGAACCAUUCGAGCCAAGACCCCCUCCUCGGUACCGACCCUCCAGUGGUCGGUCUUCCCUCGGAUCUGGUGUUCUCAGACGAGCUCGCAGACUCCUUCGUGAAUCAACAAGUUCGUCAACACCAGAACCAGAACCAUCAACCAGCAUCGCCAAUCCUCCUCCAGAGUCUGAUUCUAGUGGUGAAGUAACGCCUACUCAGCCUCGUCGCCAAUUCCGAGAAAUCAGAUUCAGCCACAGUAGCUCGAGCGCAAGCGCUAGCGCUGCAGCGCUACGGAGCACUGAAGAAGAACACCCUACAGCUUCUACUUCUUCCCCCGACGAUGCGUUACGUGGGAGACUGUUCGAGCGAGCUGAACACGAGGCCCUGAACAACAUGAUCAUGUCAACUUCAGUUACUGCAAAUGAGCGACUCCAGCGACUGCGUUUGUUACGACUCAGUCGGACAGAGCAAUCCACAGACGUAACAGCCAGGGAGAGGAUUAUCACGGGCUUGUUACGGAGAAGAGAGACUGCUGAAAGUAGUGGAGAAAGUAGCGGAGAAAACUCCGGGGUUGGCGGAGAGAGUUCCUCGACCAGUGGCCCCACACGGCUACGGAUGUUCGAAGUACCGGGCCAGGGGGCCAUCCUCAUGGAAGAUAUUAGGCCAGAGACUUCGUUAAGGAUGUCGCUUGUACAGGCCCAGUAUCUCCAAGAAGUCCUCCUGAGAAUCUCAAGUUUACUCGAUAAUCUUCACAUUCUGUCACAAAUGAACGAACGGAUAGAAGCCCCAUCCACAGAUGACCCACGCCUAAGAACGAUACUCGCCUUCGCAACUCUAGAUCCAGACAACAUGACCUACGAGCAACUGUUGAUGCUGGACGAGCUCCUGCCCAAGAACCAAGGCGCUACAAAAGAGAUGAUCAGCAACAAAACGAGUCUUCAGCAGUACCACAAGUCCGAUAAUCAUGAGAACGAUAGUUGUAUUAUUUGUAUCACCGACUUUGAAGAGAGCGAGGGAAUCAGGUUAUUACCGUGCUGUCAUAUUUAUCACUUUGGGUGUGUGGACAACUGGUUAAAACGAAAGAAAACCUGCCCUAUGUGCAGAUCACCUAUCGAUGACAAGCCGACCAAGAUGUAUCUUGAGCGUAUGGAUCGAUAUCGGGAUUUUAAGAAAUGAAGCCAGCUCAAAGAACUACAUCAAACCAAAAGAUGAUAUCAAGCUGCAAACCACAUCGAAUAAGAGAUUUUUACAGGUAGCAACUCAGGUUGAAAGUACAUACAAAACGAAAUCCUGGGUCAAGACAGUGGACUAAAUCCUAAUUUUGUAUGUUAUUAAAAGAAUUUUGAUUUUUGGAAAAGACUUUUAUUGAAAGGGAGAGUGCGGGUAUGUUGUUGCGGUUGUCAGAUUAUAUACAAUGUAAAAUCCAGAUUCAGCUUCUCUCUUUGAGUUUUUAAAUUCAGAUUCGAUGAUGAGCACAUUUUUUGAUGAUUCAUGUUGUUGCUAAUCAUUUUAUCUGGUAGGGUAAAUUCUAAAUUAAUACCGAAUAUAUUAAAAAACUAAAUAUAUGAUACCAGUGUAUUAAUACUUUGAGAGUACCUAAAACUAAGUUCAUUAUAAUUAUAAUGUUGUUUAAACGAUAGUUUUGAAAUUAUUGUUUGAUCAGUAGAAUUAUUGUUAUCAUUUGGGCCAAUUUGCGACCUAAUGCCAGAUGAAUACUAAUAAUGAUGUGUACAUAUGAUAUACUUUUAUUCUCAAAAUGUUACAUUUUAAUUGAACGGAAAUAACAA